AACCCACUCACCACCGGGUUGGGUCAAUUCAAUUUUAAUCAAACUCAACUCUCCAUCUCACUCUAACAAAACAACCCUAACCCUGCGAGUGCCAAAUUGCUUUCACCUCCUCAACACUGUAGCCAGCUCCUGACGCACACGAAAGUAUGGUUAGGGUUAGUGUCUUGAAUGAUGCUCUCAGGAGCAUUUACAAUGCUGAUAAACUUGGGAAGCGCCAAGUUAUGAUUAGGCCAUCAUCAAAAGUCAUUAUCAAAUUCCUCACGGUCAUGCAAAAGCAUGGAUACAUUGGGGAGUUCGAAUACGUCGAUGAUCACAGGGCUGGAAAAAUUGUUGUUCAAUUGAAUGGUAGAUUGAAUAAGUGCGGUGUUAUUAGUCCUCGUUUCGAUAUCGGCGUCAAAGGGGUUGAAGGAUGGACUGCAAGACUGCUUCCCUCAAGACAGUUUGGAUAUAUUGUCUUGACAACCUCUGCUGGUAUCAUGGAUCAUGAAGAGGCUAGGAGAAAGAAUGCUGGUGGUAAAGUGUUGGGUUUUUUCUACUAGGCUAUGAAGAUGGCACCCUAUUUCAGAUUUUGAUGAGCUCAUAAGUUUUUGAGUGUUAGAGAUUUUUUCUUCUUUUGCAUGGUUAUAUAUUAUAAUCUGGCUUUUACUUAGGACCUUAUGUUUUUAAUUUGUGUUAUGCUAAGUUGAAUUUUGCGUAA